UGUGAGGACUCGAAGAUGUGAGCCUGCAAGGGGGCGGCAGGACUGGCUCUUUUCCGCCACCGACGGAUCGCUCCCGGGCGCUUCCUCACUCUGGUCCCCGGGGGGGGGCUGAGCUGGCCCUGGGGGGUGCCAGACGCAUGCCCCCAGAGCUGCGCUGCCUGUCGCGGGACGCUGGCUGGCAAUGGCGAUCCAGGGGAUGGAGCUCUGCGCCGUGGCCGUGGUCAUUAUCCUUUUCAUCGCAGUCCUCAAGCAGUUCGGGAUCCUGGAGCCCAUGUCGAUGGAAGACAGCAGUGACAGCGAGUUGGAGCUUUCGACCAUCCGGCAUCAACCAGAAGGAUUGGACCAGCUCCAGCGUCUGACCAAAUUCACCAAGAAGGAGCUGCAGUCCCUCUACAGAGGCUUCAAGAACGAAUGCCCCAGUGGCCUGGUGGACGAAGAGACCUUCAAGCUGAUCUAUGCUCAGUUCUUCCCCCAAGGAGAUGCCACCAUGUACGCCCACUUCCUGUUCAAUGCCUUUGAUGUGGACCGGAACGGAGCCAUCCACUUUGAGGAUUUCGUCUCUGGCCUCUCUAUCCUGCUACGUGGGACCGUGCAUGAGAAGCUCAGCUGGGCAUUCAACCUCUAUGACAUCAACAAGGAUGGAUAUAUCACCAAGGAGGAGAUGUUGGCAAUCAUGAAGUCCAUCUAUGACAUGAUGGGCCGGUACACCUACCCAACUCUGCGAGAGGAUGAACCUAUUGAGCACGUAGAGAAAUUCUUCCAGAAAAUGGACAAAAAUCAGGACGGCGUGGUCACAAUCGAAGAAUUCCUAGAGACUUGUCAAAAGGAUGAGAACAUCAUGACCUCCAUGCAGCUGUUUGAGAACGUCAUUUAGGAUGCGGAGGACCUCGCCUUGUCUCUCCUGACCCACCUGCCUCCUUGGCCUGCACUCGGACGGAACCGUCCAUCUUUCUUGUGAAGCACACACACACACACACACACGUCUUUCAGAGAAAAACAACAA